UCCAAUCUGAUCUUCCAUUUUUGCCCUGCCUGUAGUGCUCUUCUAUAUAUGCCAUGCGAGCUUGCUGUAGCAUUUGUAGGUAUCUGUGAGGAGUAAGAAAAUUAAGCCAGUGUAGAAACAAGCAGCAUGGUAGGUUAGGAAGGAGAUGGAUAUGGCCAUUGAUCAUGUCAUUGUGUUCAUGGAUGAUAUACAAAACCACAAAACACAUAGCUCACUUGAAUCAUCACAAGAUCAAACCAAUAAGCAGCCUUCUUCAAAUGUCUCGAGGCUACGUCGUUUGAGCUUCUCGAAACCAAAGUCUCGGUUCGUGGAGUUCUCCCUUCCAGCUGCUGCUAACCACAAAUCCGUGCCUGAAUCCAAUGAAAUCGAAAGCGUCCCCUGCAGUAGCGAAGAUGAAGAUGAGAAAAGUGAGGAUGAGGAGGAAUUUGGGGACUACGACGAGAAUGAGAAACGCGGGAAGAAAAAAGGUACCAGAAUCCGGUGGAGGAUUUUGAUCGAGUGGAUCCUAUUUCUGAUGAUUACCACAAGCUUGAUCUGCUCGAUGACGAUUUCGUCGCUGAAGCACCAGCUCAAGUGUGGACUCCAGCUAUGGCGAUGGUGUCUCAUGAUCCUCGUGAUUUUCAGCGGCCGGCUCGUCUCGGGCUGGAUCAUUAAAAUCGCUACUUUCGUCAUCGAACGAAACUUCAUGCUCCGAGAGAAGGUUCUGUACUUCGUCUAUGGCCUCCGCAAGAGCAUCCAGAACUGCGUGUGGCUAGGGCUCGUCCUCGUCGCCUGGAUCUUCAUCUUCAACGCCAAACUCCACAAGAACAACUCCUUGAUCAGGAAGGUGUUCCACGCCCUAAUUGCGGUCCAAAUCGGCGCAACAAUCUGGCUGAUCAAAAUCGUGCUCGUCAAAGUCCUGGCAUCCUCUUUCCACGUCGCGACAUACUUCGACCGGAUGAAGGAGAGCGUGUUCCACCACUACGUCCUCGAGACACUGUCAGGUCCGCCGAUGGACGACGCGGCGUACGAGGAGGCGCACUCGCGGAACCUAGGGGCAUCGAAAUCGCUCCCGGCGAAGUUGAGGCAAUCUAGGGUUUUAUCCUUGUCAAAGCGAUCGGCGACGCGCAAAAUCGACAUCGAGAAACUGAGGAAGCUGAGCAUGCAGAGCACGGCGUCGGCGUGGACGGUGAAGCGACUUGUGAGCUACGUGAGAUCGUUCGGCUUGACGACGAUCUCAAGGACGGUGGACGAAUUUGGCCGGACGGAGGAGUCGGAAAUCAGUAGCGAAUGGGAAGCCAGGAACUGCGCCAAGAGGAUCUUCAAGAACGUGGCCAAACCAGGCGCCAAGUACAUUGAGGAAGAAGAUCUGAUGAGAUUCUUGAAGAGAGUGGAGAUUCAUACAAUAUUUCCGCUCUUUGAGGGUGCUCUGGAGACCGGAAAGAUCACCAAAUCCGUUUUCAGAAAUUGGGUGGUUCGAGCUUAUUACGAGCGAAAAUCCUUAGCGCAUUCCUUAAACGACACAAAGACAGCAGUGCAGCAGCUUCACAAACUAGCCAGUGCCAUUGUCAGUGUGAUCAUUGUAGUAGAAACGCUCAUGGUCAUGGGAGUUGCUUCCACCAAAAUUAUAGCCUUCAUCCUUACUCAGUUGCUUCUCCUGGGAUUCACAUUCCAGAACAUGUGCAAGACUGUGUUUGAGUCCAUUGUCUUUGUCUUCGUGAUGCAUCCUUUCGACAUAGGAGAUCGUUGUGUGAUUGACGGCGUCCAGCUAAUAGUGGAAGAGAUGAACAUACUGUCGACAGUAUUCCUUCGAUAUGACAACGAGAAAAUCUACUAUCCUAAUUCAGUAUUGAUCUUAAAGCCAAUCAGCAACUUCUACAGAAGCCCAGAAAUGGGAGAUUCAGUCAAUUUCAAUAUAGAUGCCUCAACACCAAUGGAUACGAUAAUUGCACUCAAGAAAGCUAUACAAACGUACAUUGAGAGUAAGCCAAAAUAUUGGAAUCCUAAGCAUUCAGUUAUAGUGAAGGAGAUUGAAAAUCUGGAUAAACUAAAGAUGGCUUUAUGUGUUCAACACACUAUCAACCAUCAAAACUAUGCAGACAGGAACACCAGAAUAACAGAACUGCUCUUGGAAUUGAAGAAGAUCUUCGAAAAUCUCAACAUCAAGUAUCAUCUUCUCCCUCAGGAGGUUCAUAUCAAGUCAAUCUGAGCUACAGGAUGCUCCAUUAUCUUCAAGGAUUUUUAGCUUUGUCCAUGUUUUAUGAUCUAACAACAAUGGCAUCCGUAGCUAAUAGCUAUAUCUAUGCUUUUUUAAGACAAAUUUCAUUAUCAUGUAUUAUGGCGCAGGGGGCAAUUAUCAGUUUGCCUAUUACUUUUAAGUAGAUUGCUUCAAUACUGCUUGUUGUCUAUAAUGCAUUCGAUGUGUUCUGUUCUUUCACGGAGACUGUUAAUAUCCGAAACUUGCAUUA